AUGGGGAAGAUAACUUACAGGAGGCUGAAGGGAAGCCAGAACUUCAGGCUACGUCUCCUAUUGUCUACACUCUCUUCCAAUCCGGUUCUCAUCGACGACAUCCGCGCCGACGCCACGUGGCCCGGCCUCCGUCCCCAGGAGGUCUCCUUUCUCCGCCUCCUCGAGAAGGUUAGCGAUGACUGCGGCGUCGAAAUCAACGAAACUGGAACGAAAUUGAAGUACAAGCCAGGGAUUGUGAUGGGUGGGAAAAAUCUCUCUCACGACUGUGGUCUGAGUCGGUCCAUUGGCUAUUUCUUGGAACCAUUGAUUGUGCUUGGAUUGUUUGGGAAGAAACCACUUUCCAUUAGGCUUAAAGGUAUUACAAAUGAUUCCAAGGACCCAUCUGUCGAUACAUUUCGAUCAACUACCUUACCCCUGCUGAAGCAUUUCGGGAUUCCGUCAGAAGGAUUGGAGUUGAAAAUCGAGAGUCGGGGUGUUGCUCCUAAUGGUGGAGGAGAAGUAGUUCUGUCGGUUCCCAUUGUCCCGAAUAGUCUGAGAGCACUGACCUGGAUUGAUGAGGGACUGGUGAAGAGAAUCAGAGGAAUUACUUUUUCAACCAGAGUGACUGUUCAGUUUGAAAAUACCAUGAUACAUGCAGCUCGUGGAAUCUUUAAUCGCUUGCUUCCAGAUGUUCACAUAUUCACUGAUCAUAAAGCUGGUGCACAAGCUGGAAAGUCACCUGGUUAUGGAAUUUCCCUGGUUGCUGAGACUACUUCUGGUUGCUUCAUCUCUGCUGAUACUGCAGUUUCAUAUGCACGAGGCGAGGGAGAGGAUGAAAUGGAGGAUGAAGAGAAGAAAGAGUUAAUACCUCCUGAAGAUAUUGGCAAGCAAAUUGCUUCUGUGCUACUUGGAGAGAUUGAACAGGGAGGAGUGGUUGAUUCAACUCACCAGGUUUGUGUUCUAAAUCCUGGCAAAGGAAAAAUAUGGUGA